GCCCAGGCUCCACCAUGUCCUUGUCCUUCUGUGGAAGUGAGAACAACUCCAUUGCCUACAAUGUAGAUCGAGGCGUGCUUAACAAUGGAUGCUUUGUAGAUGCCCUUUCUCUGGUACCCCAUGUCUUUCUGCUCUUCAUCACCUUCCCCAUUCUAUUUAUAGGAUGGGGAAGCCAGAGCUCCAAGGUUCACAUCCAUCACAGUACCUGGCUACAUUUUCCUGGACACAAUCUGCGCUGGAUCCUGACCUUCAUUCUCCUCUUUGUGCUAGUGUGUGAGAUUGCAGAGGGCAUUGUCUCUGAUGGGUUCACACAGUCUCUUCAUCUGCACCUCUACAUGCCUGCAUGUCUGGCUUUCAUGGCUGCUAUAACUUCUAUAGUCUACUACCACAACAUAGAGACCUCUAACUUUCCUAAACUGCUAAUGGCUUUGCUGAUUUAUUGGGUCAUGGCGUUUAUCACUAAGACCAUCAAAUUUGCCAAGUACACAGAGCACAGCAUUGGUAUGAGACAGCUGCGUUAUUGCUUGACUGUUCUCCUCGUGCUGCUGUAUGGACUGCUACUGGCUGUGGAGAUCAACGUCAUAUUGGGAAGGCGCUAUGUAUGUUUCGCUCACGCCACUGAAGUAAAGCCUCCCGAAGACCUGCAGGACCUGGGUGUGCGCUUUCUGCAGCCAUUCGUCAACCUCCUCUCAAAAAGCACAUACUGGUGGAUGAACACUUUCAUCACAUCCGCACACAGACGACCCAUUGACCUUAAGGUCAUUGGCAAACUUCCCAUUGCCAUGAGGGCACUCACUAAUUACCUGAAGCUACGCAGAGCAUUCGAAGCUCAAAAGAGGCCUAAUGGUCUGCAGCCUCAGGGACCUCAGUGGAUUUGGAGGGCUCUGCGUAAGGCAUUUGGAAAACCCUUAAUCCUGAGCAUCACCUUCCGGUUUCUUGCUGACCUGCUGGGUUUUGCUGGGCCGCUCUGCAUAUCAGGAAUUGUUCACCACAUCAGCAAAAAGAACCGAACCAUUCAGCAACCAGUCCAGUUUUUGGGGAUCUAUUUUAUCUCCUCACAGGAGUUUCUGGCUAAUGCAUAUGUUCUUGCUGUGUUGCUCUUCUUCGCAUUGCUUCUGCAAAGAACAUUUCUGCAGGCCUCCUACUACACUGCCAUCCAGACUGGCAUCAAUCUGAGAGGAGCUAUACAGACAAAGAUCUACAAUAAGAUCAUGCGUCUAAGCACCUCCAACAUGUCUAUGGGGGAGAUGACAAUGGGUCAGAUCUGCAACCUAGUAGCCAUAGACACCAACCAGCUGAUGUGGUUCUUCUUCCUUUGCCCCAACCUGUGGGCCAUGCCAGUACAGAUCAUAGUUGGUGUGAUUUUGCUCUACUACCUGCUGGGAAUAAGUGCCUUGAUAGGAGCUACUGUGAUUGCCCUCCUGGCCCCUGUACAGUACUUUGUGGCUACCAAAUUGUCUCAAGCACAGAAAAGCACCCUGGAAUACUCCAGUGAACGGUUGAAAAAAACCAAUGAGCUGUUACGUGGCAUCAAGCUACUAAAGCUUUACUCAUGGGAGCACAUCUUCUGUUCUAGUGUGGAGGAGACCAGGGGAAAAGAGCUUACCAGCCUGCAGUCAUUUGCUCUCUACACCUCUGUCUCUAUAUUCAUGAAUGCCGCUAUCCCCAUUGCAGCAGUUCUUAUUACGUUUGCGGUCCACGUUCACCUGGCGGAUGAUUCAGAUCUGUCCCCAGCUGUAGCAUUUGCAUCACUCUCCCUAUUUCACAUCCUGGUCACACCUCUCUUCCUCUUAUCCAGUGUAGUUCGCUCCACAGUCAAAGCCCUUGUCAGUGCACAGAAGCUAAGUGAGUUUUUUGCGAGUGAUGAGAUUGGAGAAGAACAAGAAUCCAAGACCACCAUUACAGCUGCCCCCACCAACCACAGCAAUUACCAGGCCCUGCCACUGAAGGUUGUGAAUCGUAAACAUCCAGUACGAGAGGACUGGACCAAAUAUGGACUGCAGAGUGAACAGUACAUAGAGACAGCUGCAGAGGAAGAUACUGAUAUCUGCAUCAAGAUAACCAGUGGAUAUUUCAGUUGGACUGACGGGGCACCAACACUUUCUAAUGUGAACAUCAAGAUCCCAUUUGGUCAGCUGACUAUGAUAGUGGGUCAAGUUGGAUGUGGAAAAUCUUCUCUGUUACUGGCGGCUCUGGGGGAGAUGCAGAGGAUCUCUGGCAUUGUCACCUGGAACAGUAUGCCAAAACUGGAUUCAGAUGGAGAUGAGAGUCCAGAUGCAUCUCCUGAUGAGGAAACCAGAAAAAGUAGUGCUGUUGCAUAUGCUUCUCAGAAACCCUGGCUUCUUAAUGCCUCCUUGGUAGAGAACAUCACGUUUGAGAUGCCUCUUAUCAAACAACGGUAUAAGACAGUAAUUGAAGCAUGCUCCCUGCAGCCGGACAUCGAUAUCCUGCCACAGGGGGACCAGACAGAGAUUGGAGGAAGGGGAAUCAUUCUGUCAGGGGGUCAGAGACAGCGCAUCAGUGUGGCCCGUGCCCUCUAUCAGACCACCAAUGUUGUUUUUCUAGAUGAUCCAUUCUCAGCACUGGACAUCCACCUGAGUGAUCAUCUGAUGCAAGAGGGCAUUCUAAAACUGCUCAGAGAGGAGAAGAGGACUGUGGUGCUGGUCACACACAAACUGCAAUACCUUCCUCAUGCAGACUGGAUCAUUGCAAUGAAAGAUGGAAUGAUACAAACGGAAGGAACAUUAAAAGACAUUCAAAAUUCAGAACCCAAACUGUUUGAGCAGUGGAAAGCUCUGAUGCAUCGCCAAGGUCAAGAAUUUGAAAAGGAAACUGUGGCUGAAAGUACAACAGUGCUGGAGAGGAAAAACCUGAGAAGAGCCAUGUACUCCAGAGAGGCACUAAAGACAGAGGAAGAGGAGGAAGAGGAGACGCCGGAGAGUGAUGAUGAAGAUAACCUUUCUCAGGUGAUGAGGCAGAGAGCUACCAUCCCAUGGCAUUCUUGUGGAAAAUACCUGAGCUCGGCUGGCCUGCUGCUGCUGCCUCUGCUGCUACUUUCCCAGAUACUAAAACAUUCAAUCAUGGUGGCUAUUGACGUCUGGCUUGCUCACUGGACAUCUGAUGUUAUUCAUGCCAAAAUCAAUGCUGUUCUACACAACUGCACACUGGUGCAGGAUUGUGGGUUCAGUCACUCAUCAUAUUUGCUGGUGUUCAGUAUGCUGUGCUGCCUGGGAAUUGUGCUGUGUUUGGUCACAUCUGUGGCUGCUGAGUGGACAGGGCUGCGUGUUGCCAAAGAGCUACACCACAACUUACUCAGUAAAAUCAUCCUCGCUCCCAUGAGACUCUUUGAGACGACUCCUUUGGGAAGCCUUCUGAACCGUUUCUCUGCUGACAUCAAUACUAUUGACCAGCAUAUUCCCAGUACUCUGGAGUGUUUGAUUCGUUCUACACUACUGUGUGUCUCUGCGUUAGGUGUGAUCUCAUAUGUCACACCUGUCUUCCUCAUUGCUCUCGCGCCCCUCGCCAUUGUCUGCUACUUCAUCCAGAAAUACUUCCGAGUGGCCUUCAAAGAUUUACAGCAGCUGGAGGAUAGUACGCAGCUGCCUUUACUCUCUCAUUUUUCAGAGACAGUGGAAGGGCUCACCACUAUCCGGGCUUUCAGGUAUGAGCCCAGGUUUCGUCAGAGGCUACUGGAUUUGACCGAUGCUAAUAAUGUUGCAUCUCUCUUCCUCACCGCUGCAAACCGUUGGCUAGAAGUCCGCAUGGAGUAUAUUGGAGCCUGUAUUGUACUUAUAGCUGCUGUGGCCUCCAUCACCAAUUCUCUCUACAACCAUCUGUCCACUGGCUUGGUGGGACUGGGACUAACCUCUGCUUUGAUGGUGUCAAACUACUUGAACUGGAUGGUGCGUAAUCUUGCUGAUAUGGAAGUGCAGUUAGGAGCAGUAAAGAGGAUUAACAACUUGCUAAAAACAGAGCCAGAGAACUACGAGGGGCUGCUUUCUGCGUCUCAAGUACCAGAUGGCUGGCCACAGAAAGGUGAAAUUCAGAUCCAGAACCUGAGUGUGAGGUAUGACAGCACUCUGAAGCCCGUCCUAAAACAUGUCAAUGCCCACAUCAGACCAGGCCAAAAGGUUGGCAUAUGUGGUAGGACAGGAAGUGGCAAGUCCUCCUUCUCCUUAGCCUUCUUCAGGAUGGUAGAUGCAUUUGAAGGGCGGAUAAUCAUAGAUGACAUUGACAUAGCCAAGCUUCCUCUUCAGACACUGCGCAGUCGUUUCUCAAUCAUUCUCCAAGAUCCUAUUCUCUUCAGUGGAACAAUCCGGUUUAAUCUGGACCCAGAAAUGAAGGCUAUUGACAGUAUGCUUUGGGAAGCUCUGGAAAUCGCCCAGCUUAAACCAGUAGUACAGACCCUGCCUGGAGGACUCGACGCCAUGGUGACAGAAGGUGGGGAGAACUUUAGCCAGGGUCAGCGUCAGCUGUUCUGCUUAGCACGAGCGUUUGUGCGCAAAAGCAGCAUUCUGAUCAUGGAUGAGGCCACGGCAUCCAUAGACAUGGCCACGGAGAGUAUUCUACAGAAGGUUGUAAUGACAGCCUUCGCUGACAGAACAGUGGUGACUAUAGCGCAUCGAGUUCACACCAUCCUGAAUGCAGAUCUGGUGAUUGUGAUGAAGAGGGGGGAGAUUCUGGAAUAUGAUAAACCUGACGUCCUUCUCAGUACAGAGGGCAGCACCUUUGCCUCGUUUGUUCAGGCAGAUAAAUGACCAUCACUGACCUUUAAUUUAAAGUGCAAUUGUACCAUGUAUUAUUGUUUUUAUAUUUCAUCAUGUAAAAUAUUUGUAAAUAAGAAAUUAUCUCUAUAAUACAAUAAAACACACUGAUUAUAUAUAA